UCAUAACCUAUAAAGUAACAGCUGAAAAAAAUAAUACGUGAAAUAAACAAAUAUUUUUAUUUAAUUAUAUGAAUUAAUGAAUUAUAUUGAUUAUAUUUAUUAUAUUCAUUCUAUUUAUUAUAUUACUUGAAAAUAAAGUGAAUUCUCGAGUAGUGAAAAAUGAGUGAAUUUAGUUUUGGACUUGUACAAAUAUUUAAAAAAACAACAAUUAAUUUAAUGUUUUUAUUUACUUUAACAUGCAUUUUUGCAAAUUAACAACAUUUCAUUCGCGUAAAAGAUCAUUCAAUAAUAGUCUGUAAAUAAUUUUUGAACAAUUGAAAAAAAAUAAGUCAUUGUAAAUUCAUAUUGAAAAAAUAAACGUGAAUAUGAGUUCGAAAACUGUAUUUGUUACUCAAGAAGGGCCGGCGAAUGCUUUAGCUCUCAGUAAAGACAAUAAUCAAGUUGUUAUUGCUGGUCGAAAUGUAUUUAAAAUAUUUUCUUUACUGGAGGAAAAAUUCGAAGAAUCCUGUAAUUUACGAGUAGGAAAAAAUUUAAACCUCAAUUUUUCAUGCAAUGAUGUUGCAUGGAAUCUUUUGGAUGAUCACAUCUUAGCCACAGCAGCGACGAACGGUGCUGUGGUUGUUUGGAAUUUAAAUAAGCAAUCUCGAUCAAAACAAGAUCAUGUUUUCGUUGAUCACAAAAGAACAGUCAAUAAGGUCAGCUUCCAUAUUUCUGAACCGACUUGCUUGAUAUCAGGAUCACAGGAUGGUACAAUGAAGUGUUUCGAUUUGAGAAUUUCGGAAGCGACCAAAACAUUUUACAGCAAUACGGAGUCAGUACGUGAUGUACAAUUUUCGCCGCAUCAACCUCAUACAUUUGCAGCAGUCUCGGAGAAUGGUCACGUUCAGCAGUGGGAUUUACGUCGACCUGAUCGAUAUUUUCAGCAUUUCGCCGCUCACAGUGGACCGAUAUUCUCCUGCGAUUGGCAUCCGGAAGUCAAUUGGUUGGCCACUGCUUCCCGAGAUAAAACAAUAAAAGUUUGGGAUUUGUCGACGAAACCAGCUUGCGAAUAUAUGAUUCACACAAUAGCGUCAGUUGGCCGAAUUAAGUGGAGACCUCAAAGAAAAUUCCAUAUAGCAAGUUGUGCUCUCGUUGUUGAUUGCAGUAUCAACAUUUGGGACAUUCGGAGACCUUAUAUUCCAUUUGCUAGUUUUAAUGAACAUAAAGAUGUUGCCACUGGAAUUGCCUGGAGAGGAGAUCCUCAAUCCUUCCUUUCGACAAGCAGAGAUUGUACGCUUUUCCACCAUAUUUUCAAAGACGCAACUAGACCAGCGAGUAAAGCAAAUCCUCAAGGAAUGGCUUUUAAUCCAAAGGGUGAUGUCGCCUACGCCUGCAAAGUAAAUGUGAAUGCUCCCACGGCGAUAAAGCAACUCACAAAUAUUAUGAGGAAAACUCCAGCUAGUAACGAUACUUUUUGUUUGGCGUCAAGUACAAUGCACAGUUUUACAAUGAACGCUCCUCGAGAACCAAAGUGGUUUAAAGCUUGCGCCGAAGGUUAUAUUUUGAGUGGACGAUUAAAUGAAAUUUGCGAUCACAAUGCUGCCGUUGCCAGUGAAGCUGAGAGAAAUGAAGUAAGCACUGUUUGGCGUAUCAUUAAAACACUCUACGCGAAUCCAUUGGGAAAUAUUUUAAAAACUCCACCAACUGUUUCAAAAGAAGACGUUGUAAAUACUAUGAAUUUGACUCAAAUUACUUUGGGUAAUGCACACGAUCAGGCUAAUAUAGUACACGAGAACGAUGUAAAAUCUCUUCAAGGCGAAGCUCCUGGAAUCAUCAGUGGAGGCGAUGAUGAAACUGAAACUGACGAGACUCCAGACAAUCCCAAUUUUAUCGGACCCAUUUUACCAAGACAUUUUACAGAACGCUACUAUCGGAGAUCGUUUCCCGGCAAUAAGAGGCAGCAAAAGGGAGAUUUUCUGUUUGGCGAUGGGGAACUAGAAUCAGUCAGUAUCGAAUUUACAGGCGCCUUUAUGGAUAACAUGAUAAACAAUGACAAUGACUGGACUUUACCGAAAGAGGCAUUUCCGCUCCGACAUGAAAUUCAAGACAGAUCACCACCUCCAGAACAAUUCCCUAAUCAUUCACCAGAUAUAAAUGACGAUACAGUUGCCGUGAUGGUUGAAGAUCAACCGUGUCAAUUGAUAGUCACAUCAGUUCGCAAGCCAUCAUUUUGGGAUCCAUCGCAUCUCGUGGAGAAAGCUCUUAAGCAUCAUGCAGCUCUCAGAGACAUUCAGACGACUGCGUCGGUUCUAAUUGCCCUCGGGGAUAAAAGAAAGAGUUUAAAUAUUGAAAGUGCAGUGCAAGAGCAUUGGCUUCUGGAGUACAUUGAUAUGCUUGGAAGGUUCCGUCUCUGGGAAGUUGCUACUCAGAUAAUACAACUUGCUUGGAUUCCGUCAGUUUCCCAACUGAAUCAACAAUCAACGACAAUUCACGCUUGCUGCACAAAUUGCACAAAACCUUUGCAAAGAGCUGGCUGGUUGUGUGAUCGUUGUCAUACUUCGAAACAUGCCCUUUGCUCCAUUUGUCAUCAGGUCGUUCGAGGCGUAUAUUCCUGGUGUCAAGGCUGUACCCACGGUGGUCAUGUAAUUCACAUGGCAGAAUGGUUUGACAAAAAUCGCCAAUGUCCCACUGGAUGUGGACAUCUUUGUGAAUAUACAUAGUUUUUGUUUUCCUUAUUUUUCUCUCAUCAUUAUAAAUUUUCUAUUGCAAGAUUAAAACUAUCAAUUUGUAUAUAUGUAUACAAAUAAUAAUUUUUAAUUAUGUAAAUCAUUGAAUUCCUUAUUUAAAAAAAAUUGUAAAUAUUCACGAACAAAAUUAGUUGCUGUUUUAAAAUAUGCAAGUAAAAAAAAUUAUCAUGUUGAACGAGAUCGAACUUAAAUCACCCCACAGGUUUAAGUAUAAUCUCAUUUGUAUUGUGUAGAUGAUUAAUAUAUUUUUAUAUUAUAGUAUUAAAUUAAUUAUGUUUCAUGUGUAUUUAAAAAGUAGAAAUAAAAAAAAACUUUUACAUAGAUGAA